GUGUGUGCCUGUGUACCCUCGGUACCGCUCGGGUCACUCGGUGGCGGGUGGAUCCCGCUGCUCCCCGCGCCGGCGGGCAUCGCUUUCCCCAGCGUGGCCGGUUCUCGCUGAGGUCCCGAGAAGAGCGUGAGUGAGCAGCGGCUGUGAGCGAUCACCUGACACAAGCCAUGUCCCUAACAAAACGUUGGUGAAAGAGUAGAAGAUUUCUGGGAUACAGCAGCUCCGGGAAGCCGCUUCUGCAGGUCAGGGGCAGCACUUGCUGGAGGAUGAAGUAGCCCAGGAGUCGAGGCUCACCGGGACGAGGUUGAUGGCUUGCAUGGAGCUUCUCUACCUGGCCAAGGAGAGCAGACAGGUGCCCCUGGGCACCACUACCAGCUGGAGCCUGCCCUCCCCUCCCUACAAGCAGCAGCAGCAUGAGGGGGGUGAGGUGGACCCCAGAGCAGCCCUCCACUGUGAAAGGCAUUGCAAGCCCUUGCAGACGGGCCCUGUAGCUGAGCCCCCCCUGGCACCUCAGCCCUCAUCCCUGGACACCUCACCCCAGGAGCACCUUGCACCCUCCAGCAGCUCCCAGCCCUGCCACCCACCCGAGCACUCGCCCAGGGAGGAGGACAGAGGGAAGAAGAAAGCCUGCUGCUGUGCCCAGGAACUCGAGACAUCAUUCACCUACGUGGAUGAAAAUGUAAAUCUGGAGCAUGCAAGAAGUCCCCCCAGUCCUACAGGUGGACAUUGCCAGGAUGCCCUUCUGCAGCAGCAUUCCUGCAGGGAGCUGCCACCUGAAUGGGUGCAUGAUUCUCCUUCCCUGGUCUCCGAGGAGGAAGAUGCUGCCUCGGAGGCGGCAGCCGGGAAAUCCGUUGACUAUGGGUUCAUUAGUGCCAUUUUGUUCCUGGUUAGUGGCAUUUUGCUGGUGAUAAUUUCCUACGUGGUACCCAGAGAUGUGACUGUGGAUCCCAACACUGUGGCUGCCCGGGAGAUGGAGAGGCUGGAGAACGAGAGCGCCAGGAUUGGUGCUCAUUUGGACCGCUGUGUUAUCGCUGGGCUGUGUCUCUUAACCCUGGGGGGCGUGGUGCUCUCCAGCCUGUUGAUGAUGUCCAUGUGGAAAGGGGAGCUGUACCGGAGGAGCAGGUUUGCAUCCUCCAAGGAGUCUGCAAAGCUGUAUGGAUCUUUCAAUUUCAGAAUGAAGUCUGGAGCAAAUGAUAAUAUGCUCGAGCUGUCAUUAGUUGAGGAAGAUGUGCUUGCCAUAGAUAAUUAGUGUAGUCAUGAUUUUUAAGGCAACAUUUCUACAGGAAAAUAAGUUUCAUUAAAGAAAGCAGAUGCAGCUAAAGAUAGCUGGUGAUGCAGUUUGUUUGUCUGACAAGAAUGGUUUUAUCUUAAGCUCUAUAAUCAAAUGUUUGCAGUAUAUGAGCACUUGUAAAGAGGAAAUGUGUCAGAGGAAAUACAAAUGAUACAAAAUAAUGAAAACCACUGAAUAAAAAAAAUUGUGAUAA